UUACAGGUACUGGCCACACGUCUCGCACUUCUGCAGGGACCGCACAUAUACAUCACACACCACCGUGCUCAUGAGAACGAGGAGAAAGAGACAGCACAUGCACUAGUGGAUACCUUGGUGACCUUGGUAGUGAUGUCUUCCUGGUCCUCCUGGUCCUGCUGGUCCUGCGGCACCUCCGGCAGCUCUCGGUCUUCCUCCUCUUCAUCGACAGCGGCAUUUGAGAGCUGCUCCAGCUCCUCUCCAGCCGCCUCAGGCUGCAUACAACCAGACCAAAUGAAGGCAUCCGCGUCGUUCAUCACUCAUGUUGCUGUUUGGUGUAUUUUUGCCUCUUCAUUGAGUUGCUCGUCUUCUUCGAUGGUUGGCACGGCCGGCCGCCACUGUCUCUGAACACCAUCAAGGAGCGACGUAUGUGUCUGAGUGACAUGACACGCUACAAUACAUACCUCGGUCCGUCGCUUGCUGGGCGACGACGCCAACGCGUCCUGCAUACACACAUGCACACACACAUGCGUCCCUUGUUCAUGGCCCUGCCUCCCGUCCUUUGCUCCUUCAUGGCUUCUUGGAUGUGCGCGCUGCAAUCGAAGGGAUACAUAGCGGCACAGACAGACAAUGCCGUGUUGAUGAUGCAUGUAAGAAGGUUGGCAGCUCUUACUGACUUGCGGGGCCCUUGGCCCGUAGCCUUGGGCAUCAGGCGUUGCCAACCUUCUCAAUCAGCGGCAUCCUCCACCUGUCUACAAUUUGGCAAUACCAAAAAUGUAGACAACGAUUUCGCCCCCCACUGCCUGCAGACGGACAAGUAUCUCAGUACUGUACAUGUCUCUGUCUGGUAUGAGGUUGUCCCACAGCACGUUGUUGUAGAUGGGUCGGGGGAUGAGCAGCGGCAGGGUGUAGAAGAGCAUGUAGGCCGUGGCGCAUCCGUUGACGCGAUUGUCCAGCUUGUCGACGUCGAAUUUGCUCACCACGGCGGUGAGCCAGCAUCUGACCACACACAAAGGUGCCUCACCUUCUGUGCCAGAACCGCACGUCCACGCAAACGCUUCUUACCAUGUGGCAGUGUGCGUGGGGUGCGGGUGCUGAUGGGGAGCGGCCCCAGCGCGCGGACCUGAUGUAACGAAUGGACAACACACACACACACACACACUCUCUCUCUCCAUGGCUUGGCUGUCUAUGGACGAGUCCAUGUACCUUGGCGAGAUACGUGGCCUGGAUCUGGUGCAUGUUUUUGGUGUACUUCGCCUGGCUCUCGGCCAUCUUGAACGCUAUGGCCGACUGCUUGUCUGUGCCGACCCAGACAGCCUCAGCGUGUACCCAUGCACCAUCCAUGUGAACGCAUACAUGCAUCUUACCUUCAACAUGGUGGCAAACGGCGAGUGGCGUGGGUGCCGGCCACGCACUCAACACCGGCACAGGGGCAAUCUACCGAACGGGAGUGACGUGUGUGCAAGACAACACAUGCACUAUUGCAUACCUUGUUGGUGGGUGUCGUAAUCUUGGUCUGUUGGUGCUGCUUGGUGUCGACUUGCAGCGAUCCCUGCGCGCGCACACACACACACACACAUGAAGGAGGACCACGAGAGCUUCAGUGGGUGUGCGGGUCUUCAGUGGGUGACACACCUGACUAGUGAGGAGAGACGGAUCCAACUUCUGGAUGUCGAUGUCCAAUGACCUCGAACGCUGUCAAGACACCAAAACGAGGUUUAUUGGCCAGCAGAUGCGUGGGCGUCUUCUCGAGCACUUCAUUGACCCACCUGGCUGACGAACAGAGAUGAUCCCGACCGCUGGUUGUCCAUAUCAAACGACCUAGAGCGCUGCAAUGCAACCAACACACACAUUCAGUGCAGUGCAGUGCGUGCGGCUUUUGCCUUUCAUCUUUCUUUGGUGAACACACCUGAGGGCCGACAGUGGUGGCUUGUGAGAACUGCAAUGCGAAGGCCGCACACAGAUACAUCCACACACAUGCAGACAGAAACAUGAUCAUCCGGAACGUCAGCGUCUCUGUCUGUCGGCCAGUUUGCUUACGCGGCGCGCCUCGGCCGUGCCGUGAAGUAUCUUCUUGGGCUCGCCACCGUCGUCCUCGUACGAUGCCUGCUCCUGCAUAGACACACACCACGACACACAUGGGAGGGCCUCACGCGUGUGGAUGAGAAGAGAGAGAGAGAUGCCACACACACUCGUGGGUACCUGGAUUGUCGGCUGCUGCUGCUGCUCCUCGGUCUCGGUCAGACGGAUGGUCACGAACUGCUGGUACUGGCGAGCUGCACAGUGCCAAACAGCAGAGACCGCACACAUUCAUGUGUGCCUGUGUGUGUGUGUGUGUGUGUAUGCGCGUACCCACGGCCGCCUCUUGGAUGGCCGUCGCCAUUGCCCUGGCCUUGGUGCAAGCGUCGGCCGCGUUGCCGUAGAUGACCGCCAACGUCUUCUUCGGCAUCUCUCGCCACACUGCACACGUGAAUCACACGCACAACACGUCACCUCUCACUCGUGUGUGUGUGUCUGUAUGUGUCGGUGUGUAGACAUGCGUACGGAUGUCUCGCUCCAUGAGCGCCCUCCUCCCGGCUGCAUCCAUCCAUCGAAAGCAGGACAAACAGACAGACAGGGGCCAUCUAAUGGUUUGUACGCGACAUGUGUGCCCGGAUGCCUUACUUGCUGUCCAUUCGUCUGCUCACUUCCACUCCUACUGCUGCCGAGCUCAACUGUCGGCGUCUCCAU